UUUUUUACAUCUUCGUUGCUUAUUAUUACCCUCUCUCUCUCUCUCUACUAUCAGAGUGUCCUAGAUCCAAUCCCCCUUCCAUUUUCCAAUUCUCAAGCCCUAGAUCACUCCUUCCUUCCCUUAGGGUUUUCACAUCGCGCCGUUUGGAGGAUGCAGAGUCUCCAACUACCCUUUCCUCCCUCAAUCAUUCACCAAGGUACUAUGUAUUGAUACCCCCUAUCUGUUCUGUAAAAAAAAAAACUCCACUGAUUUCUAGGUUUUUGUUUUAUCUGUAUAUCUAUAAUGAAGCUUAUUGAUUUCUGUAUAGGUAGAUACCAUUAAUUCUUUGUUGUAAUUUGGUAAUGUAUGAAUAUUGAAUUGGGUUGAGUUGAGUUGAAUCUUGGGUUUUGGGAAUGUUUGUUUCAUUGUGUUUUGGGUUGUGAUGGACAUGGAAGAAGAUGGAAUUGUGGGUAUAAAGGGUCUUGUUGGUGAAAAGUUUUCGUCUUGAAGUUGGGUUUGUAUUGGUUGUGCAAUGGGUUGUUUUUGUUGUAAGCCCUCUGCUAUUGAAGAUAGUAGGGAGAGUCCAAAGGAGAGGUUAUCUAGUAAGACUGCGUCGGAUUUGCGAGUACCUAGGCUGACUUCGUCGAGGAGAGAAGAUGGGUAUAGAGUGAAGGAUCGAUCGGAUAGUAGUGAUGGGACGUCAAUGUUGAUUGAUAAGCAGACAAAUGGUGUAGUUCGGUUGCACGGUGAGACAUUUGAGAGGAAAAGGGAAAAGGCUGAGCAUGUUGCUACAAUUCAGUAUCCUGGGUUUGGCAGCAUCCCAAAAGCUACAGAAGGGGAACAGGUUGCGGCCGGGUGGCCCCCAUGGUUGUCAGCAGUGGCGGGUGAAGCUAUCAGGGGAUGGUUACCACGGCGGGCAGAUUCUUUUGAGAAGUUGGACAAAAUUGGCCAGGGUACUUACAGUAAUGUUUAUCGGGCUCGUGAUCUUGAUCAAGGAAAGAUUGUUGCUUUGAAAAAAGUGAGGUUUGAUAACCUGGAGCCUGAGAGUGUCCGUUUCAUGGCAAGGGAAAUUCACAUUCUUCGUAGGCUUGAUCAUCAAAAUAUUAUAAAAUUGGAAGGUCUAGUUACAUCAAGGAUGUCUUGCAGCCUGUACCUUGUUUUUGAGUACAUGGAGCAUGACCUAGCAGGGCUUGCUUCACACCCUGGCCUUAAGUUUACUGAAUCACAGGUUAAAUGUUAUAUGCAACAACUUUUACGUGGACUUGAUCAUUGUCAUAGUCGUGGUGUUCUCCAUCGUGACAUAAAAGGUUCCAACCUUCUAAUUGACAAUAAUGGCAUUUUGAAGAUUGCAGACUUUGGCCUGGCAAGUUUUUAUGAUCCUCAUCGAAGUCAACCAUUGACAAGCCGUGUUGUGACUCUCUGGUAUCGUCCACCGGAGCUUCUGCUUGGUGCUACUUAUUAUGGGACUGCGGUGGAUUUAUGGAGUACUGGUUGCAUCCUUGCGGAAUUGUAUGCUGGCAAGCCUAUUAUGCCAGGAAGAACAGAGGUUGAGCAGUUGCAUAAAAUUUUUAAGCUUUGUGGCUCACCCUCUGAGGAAUACUGGAGAAAGUCAAAGUUGCCUCAUGCUACCAUUUUCAAGCCCCAACAGCCUUAUAGACGCUGUGUUGCAGAUACAUUUAAGGACUUCCCUGCACAAGCCUUAGAGCUUAUGGAGACCCUACUUUCCAUAGAUCCCGCUGAUCGUGGUUCUGCGGCUUCUGCUCUACAUAGUGAGUUCUUUACAACAAAACCACUUCCUUGUGAUCCUUCAAGCUUGCCAAAGUAUCCUCCCAGCAAAGAGUUUGAUGCAAAAGUACGCGAUGAAGAAGCCAGAAGACAAGCAGCAGCAGGAAACAAGGGCCACAGAUAUGACCCAGAAAGGAGAGGAGGUAGAGAGUCUCGAGCCGUUCCAGCACCAGAUGCCAAUGCUGAAUUAGCCUUGUCAAUGCAGAAACGACAAGGUCAUGCCAAUUCCAAAAGCCGGAGUGAGAAGUUCAACCCUAAUCAGGAAGAAGUUGCUUCUGGCUUUCCUAUUGACCCACCUAGGCCAUCUCAAGCUAUAGAAGAAGCAAGCAUUGAUCCCCAUGGACAUAUUCACAAGAGAGCCUCCCACUCUGGGCCACUGGUUCACCGGGCUGCAUGGUCAAAGGCUGCGAAAAACAUGGAAGAGGCUCCAAAGAUUUCAACUGGGGCUGACUUGUCAAUGGUUUCCAGCUUAGUAUCAGCAAGAAAUUUGUUGUCUGAAGAUCGCAGAGAGAAAUCAGGUCCUUCCCAACAGGAAGGUCAAAAAUUAAUCAGAUUCCCAGGUUCUUUCAAGGAGGCUUCUGAAUCCAUGAUGAAGCAGGAUCAAAAGAUUCGCACGCAGAGUGUAGCGGGUCCUCAUCAGAAUGAAGAUGAAAGAACCAGUAGCAAAGACCCAGUUCUUCUUGGAUAUGGGUCAAAGGGAAACAAAAUCCACUACUCGGGGCCACUGCUAGUUCCAUCAGGGAAGAUGGAUCAGAUGCUGAAGGACCAUGACCGCCAUGUCCAAGAGGCAGUAAGACGAGCACGCCUCGACAAGGCCAAAGCGAGGAAAGUUCAGGUUGAAGGGAAUCAAUUACCAACCAAUUCAGUAUUUGUUUCUGGUCGUUGAUCCAGUUCAAGUAAUCCUGAUUAAGAUAAGCAAGAGAGAAUUAUGGAGAAAAAUUCAGCCAUGAUCUUCUUGUGAAAUGAGUUUGGGGGCGGUUUUUGUAUAGGUGUGGUUCCACGAAGGUUUGCUGGUAAUCAAAUUUUAGUUGUUAAUCCUUAUAGUUAUCUAGGACAGCUCUCUCUCUCUCUCUCUCUCUCUCUCUCUCUGAGCAAUCUAUCAGGUGAAUGCUCUUUGUACUCUGUUACUGCAACCUGUAUGAUGGGCUAUAUUCAUCUAGAGUUUAUUAAUUAGCCAUAAGCUGUAGAGUGAUCUUAGAAGAAACGACAUAAUUUGUUUAAUGGGGACAUGUGAACAAUUAAUUCCAUAGUUGAUUUCAGCUCAAUGGAGAUGGGGAGGCUGCAAUUAGGUAUUUUUAUGGUAAUCUUGAUAUAAAAGGCCUAGUUUCUUGUCGCGGUGGAUGAUCAGUUGUUUUAUGACAGGUUACCAAUAUUGUAUCUCUUGAAUUGCAGGAAAGCUAGAAGUAUUAGAUGUGGAAUAAAUUCAGUCUACAUAUUUUAUUUU